AUGGCCUCGGCUCGCCGCCCCGCCGGAGCCCGCCUGCUGCUCGUCUACGCGGGCCUGCUGGCCGCCGCCGCGAGCCUCGGCUCCUCCGAGCCCGCCGCCCGCCCGGGGAGCCGCGCCCAAGAGGAGCCGCCGCCCGGGAACGAGCUGCCCGCGGACCCCGGGGAGAACCGCGCGGGGCCGGCCGCCCCCCCGCAGGAGCCCAUCUCUGAGCAGGCGCACAGUGUCGACCCACGGGACGCCUGGAUGCUUUUCGUCAGGCAGAGUGACAAGGGUGUCAAUGGCAAGAGAAGGAGCAGGGCCAAGGCCAAGAAGCUGAAGUUUGGCCUGCCAGGGCCCCCAGGGCCUCCCGGCCCUCAGGGGCCCCCGGGCCCUGUCAUCCCACUGGAGGCUCUGCUGAAGGAGUUCCAGCUGCUGCUGAAAGGGGCGGUGUGGCAGCGAGAGCGCGCGGAGCCUGAGCCCUGCACCGGCGGCCCCGACGGCCCUGCCGCCACGGGGGAGGACGACGACGAGGAGGCGGGUGGCGUGCUGGCGCUGCUGUCCCCAGGCCCGCGGGCGCCACGCGUGGAGGCCGCCUUCCACUGCCGCCUGCGCCGGGACGCGUUGGUGGAGCGGCGCGCGCUGCAGGAGCUGGGCGUCUACUACCUGCCCGACGGCGACGGCGCCUUCUGCCGCGGCCCGGGCCUGAACCUGACCAGCGGCCAGUACACGGCGCCCGUGUCCGGCUUCUACGCGCUCGCCGCCACGCUGCACGUGGCGCUCGGGGAGCAGCCGAGGCGGGGGCCGCUGCGCCCCCGGGACCGCCUGCGCCUGCUCAUCUGCAUCCAGUCCCGGUGCCAGCACAACGCCUCCCUGGAGGCUGUCAUGGGCCUGGAAAGCAGCAGCGAUCUCUUCACCAUCUCAGUGAAUGGCAUCCUGUACCUGCAGAUGGGGCAGUACACCUCCGUCUUCUUGGACAACGCCAGCGGCUCCUCUCUCACGGUGCGCAGCGGCUCCCACUUCAGUGCUGUCCUCCUGGGCGUGUGAGUGGCCACCGCAGGCCCUUUCUCUCGCCAAGCAAAUG